AGUGUGGACUCGCGAUGCCUCGCUGUUGAGAUAGAAUAUGAUGGUGCUCGUGCUGCUGGUGGGCGCGGCGUCUGCAGCGGCUUCGGCGGCGGCGGCGGCUGCAGCGGCGGCCGCUUUCACGGCUUCGGUGCCCGCCUCCGGCUCCAGCAACAAGCACGGCCUCGACUGCGACUUCGAGAGCCCUUGCGCCUGGAGGUGGGAUGCGGGUGGCUUCGUCCUCGCCUCGGGGGCAACGCCGUUGGAGAACGGCACCGCACCUGCCACCGAUGCCAGCGGAAACGCUGAUGGACACUACCUGCUGGUGCAGAGCCGCGGGGGCCCGCCGCUGGAGUACCUGGUUCGAAGCCCGCGCACGCCCAGCACCAUGCAGCGCUGCCGCCUCCACCUGUGGCUGCACAUGCUCAACAUGGACGACGGCCACUUCAAGGUCGUCAUCGAGAAGGACGUCAGCCCCGCCGUCAUCGUCAUCGAUAAGCGCGGAAACUCCGACAACGCGUGGCGGCGGCACGAGUUCACAAUUGGACGCGUCAGCGAAGACUUCCAGCUGGCGCUGGAGGCCGUCACGGCCAAUGGGAUGCCCUCGCACCUCGCCAUCGACAACAUCACUGUCAUCGACUGCUUCCCAGAGGAGGCGGAGACGACGUGCUUGAGCGUACACGCGUUCCAGUGUGAAGAAGACGGUCGCUGCAUCGACUAUGACCACGUGUGUGACCUGCAGGAGGACUGCGACAACGGCGAAGACGAGCAGCAGCCGUGCUGGGACCUAGAUAAGGUGCCUGCACGUAGCCGCUGUUCCUUUGAGGGCGAGGACGGCUGGUGUGGGUGGGAGAACGCCCCCAAUGCCCAUCUCAACUGGACUCUGCACAACGGCUCCAGCAGUAAGGAUAUCACGGGACCCGACCACGACCAUACCUAUGGCAACGUCUCGGGUCACUACAUGUACGCCAACAUGUCGAACGCGAAGCAGUUCGCGGACGCGGCGGUGUUGGAGAGCGCCAUCUUCUAUCCGCCGCCGCCGUACCACGCCAACCCUACCUCACCCUACUUCGGUACAUGUAAGGUGCGUUUCCACUUCCACCAGUUCGGGCCGCACAGCGGUUCUCUGGAGCUGUACGCGACCGAGAUGGACAAGAAGCAGAGCGCGCGCAUCCUGUCGCGCACGUUCGGCGACCACGGCGACCAGUGGUGGCGCAUUGUCGCGCAGCUGCCAAACAUCACGGAGAGGUAUCGGUUUCGUUUCGAGGCGAAACGCGGGUACAGCCCCCGAGGAGAUGUGGCCAUCGAUGACUUCUCCAUGAGCCCAGAGUGCUUUGGACUCGGUGUUCCUCAAAAUGAAACUGGCAACUACAGAUACAACAUAUCAUACUGGGAAGCAAGAAGACGACCAUCAACGGAACCCCAUCCGUCUUUUAUCAAUGCCACAUAUUAUGUCCUGACUACUUGCAAUAAACGUGGACCAGAGGGACCAACACAAGAAGACUGUAACUUUGCUUAUAGCACAGAUGAAACAAAAGUAACUGUCCACACUGGUGCCAAAGCUGGAAUUCAGGAAUGGAUUGUUCCUGAGGCUGGAUAUUACACGAUUAUAGCCAAAGGAGCAAGUGGCGGGUCGGGUUCUGAUGCAUAUGGUGCAAGUUACAGUGCUAUUGCUCGUACCAUAAUUGAGUUGGACAAGGGCCAAAGAAUUUAUGUUCUAGUGGGGCAAGAAGGAACUGGAGCAUGUAAGUUUACAGGUUACAGCAACGAUUAUGCUUGCCAAAGAAACUAUACAACCUCUAGACCUUCAGGAGGUGCCAUAUUUGGAUUGAAGACCUUUGAACCAAUGAAUAGAAGUGGUGGUGGUGGAGGUGGAGGAACAUUUGUCUUCCUUCUUAGGAAUGGUACUGAAGGAAGGCCAGUACUGAUAGCAGCUGGUGGUGGUGGUCUCGGACGAGAGUCUUCUGGCACUCAAGGCAGACAGCAUGGACAUGGCAUUAAUUUGAGCAGGAAAGCAUUCUCUGGAAAAGAACACAACACUACAACUGCUGGUGCUGGUGGUGGCUGGAGAAAUCACACAGAUACAGGAAACCCCUUCACUGGAAGGUCAUUGAUCCACGGUGGCCGUGGUGGUCGUGGAUGUUCUCAUGUUUAUAUUAAUGAAGGAUCAGGUGGUUUUGGAGGAGGUGGCAGUGGCUGUCGUGCUGGAGGUGGUGGUGGUGGCUUUGCAGGUGGAGAUGUUUGGGAUAAUGAAACAAUUGAUGGUGAAGGUGGCUACUCAAUUAUUGGUGAUGGAAUAAUGGGCAAGGUAGAGGAGGGGGCACAUGAUGGUCCUGGUCAAGUGAUUAUCAUACCUGCAGUUUCUGGUUGCAACUGCAAUUACCGCUGUAUUGCUCUUGAUGAGCACCGGCAUAAUGUACGCUGCAUCUGCCCAGACAACUGGGCAGUGGCAGCUGACAACAUAAGUUGUGUGCUUGUUCCAGACAUAACAAGUGAUUGGACAUCAAUCGCAUAUGUUGUUUUCCUGGUUGGUUCCAUACUUAUGGCAUUCGUCAGCUUGGGAAUGCUGUGCAUAUUCAUGUACAAUCGUUAUCAGAAAAGAAAGGAAGCAGUGAUGAGGCAGCAAGUACUCAGUGGUCCAGAUCUUCAGCUAAAUCGAUUGCGAGAAGCAUCAGACAGUCUGAUGACAGAAUAUAAUCCAAAUUAUGAAUUUGGUGGAGGAACAUAUACUGUUAAUGAUCUAAAAGAUAUACCAAGGGAUCAUUUACGGUUAAUUAAGGCUCUGGGUCAAGGAGCAUUUGGUGAAGUGUACCAGGGAUUCUAUAAACAUCGCAGUGGUGAUGCCGUUGAGAUGCCUGUUGCAGUGAAGACUUUACCAGAACUUUCGACAAGUCAAGCUGAAACAGAUUUUCUGAUGGAGGCUCUCAUUAUGAGCAAAUUCAACCAUCCAAAUAUUGUUCAUUUUAUUGGUGUUUGUUUUGAUAAACAUCCACGUUUCAUAGUUUUGGAACUGUUGGCAGGAGGUGAUCUCAAAACAUUUUUGAGAGAAUCUCGACCUAAACCAGAACGCCCUUCUCCAUUAACAAUGAAGGAUCUUCUGUCCUGUGCAAUAGAUGUAGCUAAAGGCUGUAAAUAUAUGGAAGACCUCAGAUUCAUACACCGAGAUAUUGCAGCAAGAAACUGUCUAUUAACAACAAAAGGACCUGGAAGGGUUGUAAAAAUAGCAGACUUUGGAAUGGCAAGAGAUAUAUACAGUUCAAAAAGCAGAGAUCAAAAUUAUGUCAAUCAAGAAAAGAAUUUAGAUGUGAUGGCUGAUUAUUACAGGAAAGGUGGAAAAGCUAUGCUACCGAUAAAAUGGAUGCCCCCAGAAGCUUUCCUGGACGGUAUUUUUACGUCAAAGACUGACAUAUGGUCAUUUGGUGUAUUACUCUGGGAGGUAAUGUCCCUGGGUUACAUGCCAUACACGGGCUGUGCAAACCGGGAAGUCAUGCAACUUGUAACUAGUGGAGGGCGUCUGGAGCCUCCUAGCAACUGUCCUGCUCCAGUUUAUGGUAUUAUGACCCAGUGCUGGCAUCCUAACCCAGAUGAACGGCCCAACUUUGCCACAAUACUUGAGAGGCUGGGCUAUGUUGCACAGGACCCUGAUGUCGUGAAUGCACCACUUCCUGUUUUCAAUCGCCCUCCUUCUGCCGAACGGGACAUCACCGUGAUGCGGCCUCCAGCCCACGAGAACUCCUGCCUGCUCCUGCAGCGAGCAGCUGAUUAUCUGGUACCCAUCUCGGGACCUACCCCUGAUUUGCCAUCAUCCCCAUCCACUAGCAGUGUGGAUAAACUACUGGCCAAUUCUGACUGGGAGACAAGCUUUGCACUUCCAGAAUCACGUUCAACACAGCCGUUGUUGGGAGAACAGGGCUCACACUCAGGUUCUCAUUCAGGAUCUCACUCUGGCUCUGGGUCUGGUUCUGGUACGGGCACUUCAUCUUCACCCUCUCCAGGUGCAUCCAGUGGUGUUGGUGCCAGUGUCAGCUGUGGCGGGACUAAUGGGAGUACUGGUGUGGGUGCAGCGGCAAGUAGUGGGGAAAAUUUCACAGGUUCCACUUCUGAGACUGGGGGAGGAGGAGGAUUGCUGUCAUUGGAUGCUGCUGCCCUUGUGAAGCAACCUCCGCUAGCCUAUGCAAAUGUUACACCUGCCCAUGCAGUGCCGACUGCACCCCCUACUACAGAACUACCUGAAGCACCAGGACAACCAUUUUCAAUUCAGGCUAUUGGAACAAGGGGGCGUCCUAUAUCUGAUCUUGAAAUAUCGUGUUGAAUGACCCAGCUUAAAAUAAAAACUGAAAGUGAAAAAUAUACAAUAGCCAAUGCAGAUGAGAAUUUUACAGUUAAAACUCAGAUCUGCAGUUGGUGAAAGACUUGUAAGAAAAAACAAGUAUUACAGAUAAAUAUAUAUUGAACUCCCACAAGAAUUUUUCUGUGGUAGUUUCAAGAGUAUCAGGGUUUAGUAUGGGUUUAAGGUAAGAAUAACUGGUGCAAAUGCUUAAUUGUUGGAAAGUGAAUAUUUUUUAGUGCUCAGUGCUUGAAGUUACAUGUUGAACAGAAACUCAAGACUAACACUUCACUUCUAGUUUGAAGGAAAACCAUGUGCUUUGAUUACAACAAAGGUCGUGGUUAAAUUUGAAACAAAACUGAAAAUGCAGUUAUCCUGAAAUUCCUCUUGGAUAAUUUGCUCAGGUUAACUGAUAUGCCUGUGAAAAAUAUUGAUUCAUGUUGUAUCCUCCUCUGUAAAAAUCACAUACCUAUUAAUCCCUCUCUGUCAGUCUGUGCAUGAAUCUGUUGCAGUGAAAUCAUGCAUGAUAUUAGUACAACCCAUAAAGCAUGCACCGACAUAAGUGUAUCAUAAAUACGUAACAUUUGCCACAGCAUGUCUGAAAUAUCUGGUGUUACCUUGUUUUAUGUAAUUUCUCAUAAACAACUGAAGUUAUGUGAUAAAACUACAUCAAUGUGUACUGAUUCAUUUUAGACUCUUCUGUGUACACAUAUAAAUGGAAAAUAUUUGUUUUGAGACAUUCAUAAGUGUGUUGACAUAUAAAUACACUCUUUCUGAGUCUACUUCACAUUUAUCGCACAUCUCAAGAUUGUGUUAAUGAAAGUACAAGGCGACCCUUGUGCAUAACUUAGUAAGACCUCCUUCAUAAUAUAUUUUGAGAUCAAAAAUACAUGUCAGGUAGAAACUUCAUGACAAUAAACUGGAAUAGAUUAUUCACAUGAAAGUGUAUUCAAGGGAUGCAUAGCAUGUCGUCAAAAGGAGUAUGUAAUGUACUCCUCUUUUCUCCAUCAUGAUUUCUCACAGUUGGUAUCAGUGUUUUGUUUGAUAUUUGAAUUAGAAUGUCAAUUUGUAAACAUUUGUAUGUACUGAUCAUAUUGUGCUAGCUAUCAAUACAUGUAUAUUUUUAUAUAAUUUUUCAUAUAAGAAUUGAAACAAACUCCGUAGAAUUUUUAAAGAGUUCAGAGGAAUAGCUGGUUCACAUUUAAUGUGCCAAGCACAUUACAGAGUGUUUAUGUGGACUGCCUACACAGCAGUGAGAAGGACUGUAUCAAAAUAUGACUGAAGAUACAAACUUUCUUAAAUUUAAGAUGUGUUGUGUGCUUCAAUCUUACAUAAAGAAAAGACUUGCAAGUUAUAUGUGAAACUGAAGCCAUAAUAAUAGUUACCAUGUAAUUUACAUACUGCGUACACCCUUUGGGAAUAUAUUAAGCUUCUAAGAGAUGUGUAUUAUUUUAACUUUAAUAUGGGCAGAAUAAAUUGUUGGUGCAAAAAUUAUAACAGAAAUAUAUGACCCAAAAAGUUAGCUAAGUCACAGUAAAUUUUUAUUGCUGAAUUAAUCAGCAUUAUGUCCAUACCUUUAAUUGACGUAUUAUGUCAAAAGUACUGAGGAUGUAAGGGAAUAAUAACAGUGUCCAAAUGUAUCACACAUUUGCAUGAAGAAGAUGUGCCGCACAUCUUGAGUUACAGGGUAUUGCUUCUACCUCUCAGUACAUCAAAGACUGGAUACUUACUCUCUGCCUUUCACAGUUUAUAUUGUCAGGACCACUAAUUUCUAAACUUGAGGCUACAGGUUGUUAAAACUUCAAUAGUAUAUGUUGUGAUAUCAUACUCCGUGAAUCAAUAAAACAUUCACUUCUUGGUAUAAUGAUAGAAUACUGAACAUUGCGCCAACAGCUUCAGCAUAAUUUGCAUUUUUUCCUUGAGCUUGUAUAUCAACUUUCAUUUUUUAUUUUAUUUUUUUGUGUUAUUAGUACAUAAUUUUUAGCUGCAUUAUUAAUUAAAUGUUGUGUAGUUUUAACAGGUGCAAACAAAAUUAUAGUGAAAUACUUUGAAACUAUUCACAAGUUCUUUAGCAUAAUUUUAAAGACAUUCAAUCAAAGUCUAUGAGAACAUCUCAUUGUUGUUGCUUUCUUUAUUAAAUGUUGCUAUGCA